AUGGCGAAGAUAAUCUCCACCAUCAAGGCUAUAUUGACGCGCAUUAUCUUUAGCGCACACAGUGUUUUGGCCAUUUGGCAGGUGACAACUUUCAAAAAGGACAUCAUCUAUUGGACGCUAUGUGGUCCAUUGUUGCUGCUGCUGCUCGAGGGCAUCUUUACCAUCAUGAUCAAGAAGACGCAAGAGUGGCGCUGGUUCUGUCCGUCGGUCUUUCUGUACCUGAGCAGCAUUGUGCCUGCCAUUUGGCUGCUCGAACUGGACAAGAUUGAGCGCCGCCUUCAGGUGAUGAAUGCAUCGCUGCCCAAUGCCAAUGCGAGCAAUGUUAGUAACGACAGCAAUCUCAACAGCAACAGCAGCGCCAUGGUGCCGGUUGCUGGGUUACUUGACAAUGCAGGCAUCACACUGCCCACCAUUAGUCCAGACACCUGGACCACGCUCAUCGAGCAAUUCCUUAUGCUGAUUCUCAUUGUGGGUCGUUGGCUGUUGCCCAAAGGCGAUUUGACUCGCGAUCAACUCAGUCAGCUGCUCUUAGUUUAUAUAGGCACUGCAGCGGAUAUCAUAGAGUUCUUUGAUUCCUACAAAGAUGAUUCAAUAGCACGCAUUGGUUUCUUGGUUUAUCUUACACUGGGCAUUUGGUCCUGGAGCCUGAUGCAGUUCACAAUCGUGCUGUCGGCUACAAGAGGCAGACGACCACGCGGCAGCAGCUCUCAUCACAAAGAGGAUCACACGGAUUGCUGCGCCAACUGUUGCUGCGGCAUUGAUGUCUGGGGCAUUGUGCUGAACGUUAUACUACAAGAUGCACCCUUUCUCACCUUUCGCUUGCUUAUCAUCUUUCAGUACAAGAUUAUAAACUAUAUGAAUGUAUUUUUUACCUGCAAGAACUCUUUGGUUAUUAUACUACAGCUAUAUCGCUUGUAUGUAGUCAACGCUGAGUUCUGGAAGAAUCGUCGUGAGAGUCGCAUGGCCAGAGCACGUCAGUAUCAGUCGCGUCGUCGCGUCCACGAUGCAGACCAGAACAGCAUCUAUAUGAUAUCCAAUGAGCGUGGUGGCGAUGUCAAGAAGAAGAUAAAAAAAGCUAAAGACAGAGACUUUGUGGAACCAGAAGUUAGUCACAACAAGAAGAAAAGGGAUAAAAAGGACAAAAAAAAGCGAAAGCGCAAGGACACUGGUUACUCCACUGCCAGCUCGCAGAAUCUUUACUCCACCAAGGCUGGCAAGGAUAAGAAGGGUAAGAAAUCCAAACGCAACUGCAGCAGCUCACUUAGCGACAUUGAUCCAAGCAAUGUCAAGAAACAGAAACGCCACAAAAAUGCUGACAAGGCAGACAAAAAAAAAUCUCGCAAAAUAGAGGCCGUCAUAGAGGAGUUAAGCAGCUCGAGCAGCAGCAGCUCCGACUCUAGCAACUCCACGCUGCCCAGCUACGAGGUCAUCGAUGAGAAGAAAUCACGACGUCGCAAACAUGGACACAGCAGCGACUCCAGUUCCAGUGACAGCAGCUCAGACUCCUCCUCAUCCUCGUCGUGA